GGCUGUGAAAGCCUCAUCGAGCCCAGGAUAGAAACCUGAGCCUCACCAUGGCCCUGGAUCCUUAUUUCCUCCUCCCCUGCCUGGCACCAGCCACUCUUCUCCAACCCUUUCACCCUAGAGCACGGCGCAGGGACCUGCCGGAGCAGCCUAUGGCCUGUGAAUAGCCUUGGAUACUGAGGAGCCACCUGAAUCCUGAUCCUGGGGACAGGAAAACCAUGGGCAGUGGAAUGACCAAGGUUGUCAAAGGCCUUUAUCUUGGGAACAUCCGUGACUCUGAGGACUAUGAGAGCCUGCGGAGGAACGGGGUGACACACAUCCUCUCCAUCCACAACAGGGCCAAGCCAGUGCUGGAGGACAUGACCUAUCUCUGUAUCUCAGCCUCUGAUUCUUCCAGUCAAAACCUGCUGCAGCAUUUUAGGGAGUGCAUCCGGUUCAUCCAUGAAUGCCGGCUCGGCGGGGGAGCCUGCCUUGUUCAUUGCCUGGCCGGGGUAUCCCGCAGCACCACUGUCCUGGUGGCUUAUCUCAUGACGGUGACCGAGCUGGGCUGGGAGCGCUGCCUAGCCGCUACCAGGGCUGUGAGGUCCUAUGUGAGCCCCAACUUUGGCUUCCAGCAGCAGCUGCAGGAGUACGAGGUGACCUUGCUGCAGGAGUACCGUGCUUGGAUCCGCCAUGACUAUGGAAGGAACCCAUUUAAGGACCAGGAGGAGCUCCAGAGCUUGCUGGCUCAGCAGGAGCAGAGGCAGAAGGAGCAGCAGCUGGGGAGCAGGGAUUGCUCCUGGCUCCACUCUCCAGCUCCCACCUACCCGCUCCCCUACCAUGCAGGUGGCACCAGCAGAAGCAGAUGGAUGAACAGAUAAGCAUCCGGCUGCUCCCAGGCAGACGUUGGCCCCGGGGCUUGGAAAACCAGGUCUUCCCCUUGCCAAGUGCCUCCAGGGGUUCAUGUCUAGGGCAGAAAGCAGCCAGCACCAACCUCAGCUGUGGUUUGAGUUGGGGUUGGAGUGGGGGGGUCAGGGCUCACAGACCAUCCCCUUGGCUGCCUGGUCUGUGUGUACCCCAUGGCAAGGCAGUAAAUUAAUGGCAGUGUCUUGCUCUGACCUGUUCCCCCAUUCCAUUCCCAGUGGAUCACAGCCCCUUUCCCAUCACCCAGAGCAGCAGCAGCAAACCCCAUCUCUCUCCAGCAGCAUGGUACCCAGGGCUCCUUUGGCAGCGCACAAGGAUGCCAAUGCAGGCCUUGGAAAGCCAGGGUGGGAUGAGAUGGGGAGAUGUAAUAGAAUCAUAGUUAUAGAAUAGGUCACCUUGUACCCUGCUUUACAGAGGAGCUGGGAGCUGUUACAGCCCUCGAAGGGAUGAGUGCUGGGAUAUGGAAGCGUUGCUGAGCCCUGAUUGUCACCCAAGGGAUGGGGAUAAGGGGCUGGAGGCUCUUUGUGCUGCUGAUGUCCCUCCUGGUCCAGCCUGUCCUUUGCACAUGUCCAUCUGGCAUCUUUCUUAACCCACCUCCCCAGGGAAGGGGGAAACCCAGCAGUGCUGGAGGCCUCCAGUACCCACUGCCUCCAUCCCUGCAGCCAGAGCAGGUUUGGGCUUCCCCUGCUGCCCAGUCUGAAUGUCCCUGGUUGCAAAAGAAGCCGGUUGCUCCGUUGGACUCAGUUGACCCCCAGCCCAAUUCAACACUGUCCCUGACUAACUGCCUGUUUAACAUUGGAAGAUGGUCACUUUGUCCCUUUUUCAUCCCAAACCCAUCAUUUUCCAAAGCGUGGGCGUCCUUUGCCAAGGUCUUCAUAUCCACCCUACAAGGAGGGUCCUAAUCUAUAGAUGCAGCCCUUCUACAUUUAAACCUUUAACUCUUCUUUGCCUUUUACUAUAAAUACCUUGCUUGGCUUCCCAAAAAUAUCCAUUCUGAGGAAAAGAAAAGUAACAUUUAAAGUAUUUCCAGGAAUUCCCUUGAUUUCUGGGUACUUAGGUAUGAGAGUGCCAGGGGUGACUUGACCAGCUCCUAAUAAAGGGGAGAGUGAUUAAAUCCAUAAGGGUGGUUGGCUUUGAUUUGUGGUGCUCUUGGUGGGAGUGCAGAGAUGGACUGACAUGGCCAUGCUGCUAUGUCCUGUUUCCUAUUUGCCUGAUGAGAACCACUAGCAAAAUUAAAUGUUUUAAGGACUCAGUGUUUAGCCAUAACAUAGGAUUCCAGGAAAAAAAGGAUUAUGGAGGCUAUUCCCUGUCUUUUUAGGUUGAGAAAGGGUCCCUUUGGCUGCAGUUCUGCGUGGAAGAACACACUGGAUUGUGCCUGCAGCACACAUGGGAAAGCAAAGCAAUUAAUGAGAUCAAGGACCAUAAAUGGAUAAAUGCUGAUGGUGGAGUGGACUGAAGGGAAGUUGAGCAAACUAGGUCAAUAUUGGAUUUAAUGCCUCUGUUAUCAUUUUAGGAAGCAGAAAAAUGGAACUUGCACAUAGGAUUAAAAAAAAAAAAGAAAGAGGAAAAGAGAAAACAAGUUGGUUUCUGGUGUAAAUAGGAAGUCAUUGGAGAUCUGUGAUAAGCAGGGAUUAGGUUUGCAGUAGGUGUGAUAACCUCCAUGCAGCGCUGCUGUUCUGUCACCUCACCCUUCCCAUCCCACCGUUGGCCAUCCAGGGGCUCAAACAUUCCCAAAGGAAAUCCAGCCCCAAAGCAGUUGUUACCCCUGGGAAAAUGCCCUGAUUUUGGGAAUCACAAGGGAUGCUCCCCAUAAGCUGCAGCAUCACUCGUGCCCGCAUCACAGCAGCACCUAUUGCCCAAACAGCAUCUCCCAAACCCAAUUUCCCCUGAAUUUUGAGGGUGUCCCAGGAAA